AAGAGCUGUAAAUAUAUAAUUACUAAUAAAUCCAAUCAGGAAUUCAGCAGAAACAUCUUUUAUCUUGUGAAUCAUUGGAAUAUGGGACUUGCUACCACAAGGACUAGUUGGGAAGCACAAGGGACAACCCGGAAUGAAAUGAGGAUACUACCGGAAUCCGGGACCCGGAACUCCUACCGUGUAACACCAGGGCCAGGUAACUAGGCAACAGCGGGAGUCUGGGCCCACAGUUGGAGGAUGUUCAGGAGAAGUGGACUGGGGAGUUCUGCUCUGGCAAGAGCCCAAGCUCAGCUCUCUGGACAGAGAAUAUCAGGAAUCUUCGAAGACUCUGGGGACGAACUGCGGGAAUAUAUGAGCGCACUGUAUAAGAAAAACAAUACCCUGAAGGUUAAUCCAUUCAACUUGCAUGAAGUUAGUGAUUUAAGUGAUUUUUCAACAGAGGAUACUGUAGACAAAGAAUGGAAGGAGAAUCGAUAUUCAAAAACUGCAGCCACUGUAAUGCCAGUAGAAGGCAUCAGGGAGCUGACAUUGACAGGCAGUCGGUUUUUGAAGAAACCAAACAAACUGGCAGUAUCACAAAGUCCUACCAUGAGCAAGAGCAUGUUGAAGAAAGCUAAUGAGAUAAACACAAGAAAACCGAGUACUGCCUCUGUGUUGAGCAGAUCCUCCAGUGCUACACUUGCCAGACUGGCACAAAUAGAAAGCAGAAUCAUGAACAGAAGACUGAAUGCAUGCACGAUCGAUUCUGAUGAGUAUUUGUGCAGUUCUGACGAAAAGCAGAUUUCGCCCAAGUCAAGCAGUGAGUUAAGUGGAAAAGGGAGCAGGUUCUUGAAGAGAACAGCAAAUACUGCAACAAAGCAGGAGACCAAUGUCAGGGAUCUGAAGAAAGAAAUUGGAUCUUCAAAGAAAGACCAGCAGAAUGGACAUCCUAGAUCUCCAGGCAAAGUGGUUGUGGUCGACAGUGAUGAGGAGGAAGUGAAAAGGAUGCUAAGAGGCUCCUUUAAACUUACUGAUGAAAGUGAACUUACAAAACAAUCACACAAGGCUCCACAACAUGGUUCCAAAUUACAUAACCAGUCUAUCAUGAGAAACCACCAGAGGAGCCCGUUGAGAAUGCCCUCACCACCCAGUGUGGGUACCCCUCUGAGCCAGUCUCCACGGAUGAAGUUUGUAAAACGGCAUCCAUUUUCCCCAUCUGAACAAAGUGAGAUUAAAUCUCUGGAUGAGCUCUUUACUGAGCCCUCUGUUGCUGAGGAUCUGAAAAAUCUUGACAGUGAAUCCUCUAAUGGUCAGUAUCUUGUUAUAAAUUUCAGUAACACAGCAGCACGCAUUUUAGGGAGCCCCGAAAUGAACAUGGCAACUGGUUUAGCCCAGGAGGCUUUAGGGGAGGAAUUAACCUGUGCUAUUUGUCUAGAGAUUUACACAGACCCUGUGAUACUCAACUGUAAACACAGCUUCUGUCGAAGCUGCAUAGAGGAGACCUGGAACGAUACAGCUGCAGCCCCUUACUGCUGUCCCGAAUGUAGAGCAGAGUACACCGAGAGACCCGGCCUUGAGAGGAACUUUAAAUUGGCGAAUAUCGUUCAGAAAUACCUGGCUCUGGAGCUGUCUCAGGAUGCUGUUCUGUGUAACUACUGCACUGAGAAACUGCGUCCGGCAGUGAAGACCUGCCUGAAGUGUGAAGCUUCCAUGUGCCCAGAACAUCUCAGACAUCACACAGAGAGUUCUGUGUUUAAAAGCCAUCUCCUUGUAGAUCCCACUGCAGACGUAUCCCAGUGGAAAUGUUCAGAACACCAAGAGCUGCUGAAGAUUUACUGUAAGGACGAUAAGGUGUGUGUCUGCACCCUCUGCACUGUGUUUGGAAAACACAAGGGUCACAACUGUGGGAGCAUCAGCGAGGGAGAGAAGGAGCUCAGGAAUCAUUUACAACAUCAGCUUCAGAAGAUUCGCAACAAUGUUGAAGCAGUUCAACUUGCUCUGAAUGACCUUCACAAGGAGAAGAAGAAUGCACAGGAGCAGUUGUUAGUGGUCUGUAUGGCUAAUUACUGGUACUUUGAUUUUAGUCAAUCAAUCGCACUACAAAUGGGGAAUCCGAUCCUCCGAUCUGCACUCCUGCACUCAACAUUGACUGCAUACAGUCCUGCUAGCUUUGCUCUGAAUGAUAUGCUGAAACAGCAGCUCACUCUAAUUCGCCAGUUUGUGCAAGUCAGUCGGCAUCUCUACUUAUCUGUUGUGGCCUCAAUAGAACAGGACAAUUACCAUUACACAACCUUGGAAGAAGCAAAAGAGUUUAUCAGAAGUCAUAGGUCGCCACCACUUACUUUGGAUGAGGCCUUGGAAGAGGUGCAGCAGGAAAUGAAACAAUAUCACUGCAUAUGAUGACCAACAAGACAGAAAUAAAUACUGCAUUGUUAAUGAUGGAGAAAAGAGCAGCUUCUGCAACUGAUACCCCUAUCAAUGCCACCUGUAAAACAUUUAACAUUCUGAUGCUCACUUAUUAACACCGCUCUUCAGACUUCAAACUAAUUACAAGUGGUCUAAUUCUGCAGUUAACACACCACAUUAUCUUACCGUGUACAGAUGGACCCUAUUAUCCCUGGCUAACUCCAAUAUUCAAUAGAAUCUACUUAAUUUUCAGUAUUUUUGCAUCAGUAAUAUUUAUAUGCCUAACAAAGCUUCACUACAAAAUUGUUUCAUGUUGUAACAAGUAUGUAUGAAUUGGUUACUUAGAAUUUAUAUUGGAUGUCCCAAAGUUUUUCACAGCCAUUUAAUUCCUUUGAACUGUAGUCACCUUUGUGAAUGUGGUAGCUAAUUUCUUACAAGACUCCACAGCCACCAAAUAACAUAAUUAACCAACUUAUUUCUUUGUGAUACUGGUUGAAAGAGGAACUUCAUCUAAGAUCUCCCACUGUUCAUAUAGUUCAUACGCACUCAUCUGAUUAGGCAUCCAGGGCCUCAGGUUUGAAAUCUUGCUUAAAAGUUAUACUCCUGAUGUACAACAAUCCUUCUGUAUUAUAUUUGUGUUAGCCUGGGUCCUAUGUAGAUUGGGACUUCAAACCAAAUUCAUCUUUCUUAGGAGACAGCAUCACAGAUCUGAACUAAGCUUACAUUUGAAGUUCUACAUCCAAUGUCCUAUUUUGUAAAUAGAACUCCUGAGUUUGUGAAGUUGGCAACAUUACUGGAUACUUACAAAGCUUAGUAUUUUUGAGUAAAACUUCCUUGUUUGAAAUUCCUCUUCAGACCAGGCCAUUUUACAUUCUGGGUAACAAUAAAUGCUAAAAUGUGCUUUGGUUCUUGGACUAAUGAUACCUGGAGAGAUUGAAAACUUUUAAAAGGAAAUUUGGACUUCUAGUAAAUAGUUCAAUGAAUGAUGGAAAACUUCAUACUUUAAAACAUUUACUGUAACAAACAGACUAAAAGCACUAUUGACCAAAGACACUUCAUUAUGGCAACUUGUGGUUUACUACAGAAUGGCAUGUUUAAUGCAGCCGAUACAGUGCACUUCACAGGUUUACUUUACACUGUCUUGUGAAGUAGACAUUUGACUUCUUUUUUCCUCUUUGGAAACAGUCUAAUAUGAUUAAUUACUCUAGAAAGUUUACUUUGGAACUCUCCUUUCUCAACCUGUUAACUUCUAACCCCAGCACUGUUAAUCAUGGUGAGAGUAUUACUGGAGAUUUUCCCUCUAGUACAAACUAGGCACUUGUACCAGAAUUUGGUCUUUUCAAUGUGAGCACAAGCUUCCACUUGCAUUUUGGGGAUUCCCCCACUUUUCCAGCAUGUUGGAGAUUCCCAGUUUAUCCACUGAUAGCACAGAGGUUAUUACUGUUGUCUCCAAGUGUAAACACCUUGUACCCUCUCCCGGUAAAACAUCGUAUAACCCUUUUAAUCUCUAGCAAUCAAACCACCCACGCUUGCAGAUCAGCUUCAGAGCAGGAUUUUACGAUAAAUUAAAGACAUAGUCACAAACCACAACAAUCUUUUAAACCUCAUUAUUGUAACAGACAUCUUGCUACAGAUUCAAAAGAAGCUAUGUUUGCAGUUGGCGUUACUGAAUCUGUGAAAAUGUCCCAGUACCAGAAGGUAUUUCAAAAGCAAAGGACUGUGCAUAUUUGAAAUAUGAAAUAAAAGGAAAAGAAAAUGCCAUUUAUACUCAGUUGGUCAUUUUUGUAUCUAUGGAGAAAGAAGCAGAAUUGAUUUUUCAGGUCAGUAAUCCUUUGUCAAAACUGGAAAACACUGGACAUAGAGCAGGUUGUAAGCAUUUAUAGAAACCUGGAAAGGGAAGAGGAGAGGAAAAGAAAAGAAUAAAAGCAAAGGUCAGUGCUAAGAUGAUUAAGAUAGAAGUAAUGAUGGUACAAGGCCAAAGGGGAGUGGAAACCAUCACAGCAAAGGCUGUUUGUUAUUAUAUCAGCUCUCACACCACCCCAGGCUGGUAAAAAUGAGCAUGCUUCUCUCUUCACCUAUCAGACCUGAAUGUGAAUCGUGGUUUCUGUUUUUAGAAUUUAAUAUUUCUCUGAAAACUUCCUCCAGCAAACCAACUACCACUUAAUCUACAAUGUCACAUGGGUGAAAAUGUCGUGGACAAAAUGUGCUUUCAUUCACAGGAUGUGGACCUUGCUGGCUGGCCCAACAUUUAGUGCCCAUCCAUAGUUACCCUUGAGAUUGUGGUGGUGAGCCACCUUCUUGAACCACUGCAGUCUAUUUGCUGUAGGUGGACUCACAAUGCUGUUUGGGAGGGAAUUCCAGGAGUUUGAUCCAGCGACAAUAAGGGAACCAUGACAUGUUUCCAAGUCAGAAUGGUGAGUGGCUUGGAGGGGAACUUGCAGGUGGUGGUGUUCUCAUGUAACUGCUGCUGUUGUCCUUCUAGAUAGAAGUGAUUGUGGGUUUAGAAAGUGCUGUUCAAAAAGCUUUGGUACACACUUCUGCUAUUGAGUGUUAAUGGCAAAGUGAGUGAAUGUUUAUAGAUGUGUUACCAAUCAAGUGGGCUGCUUUGUUCUGGACGGUAUCAAGCUUCUUCAGUGUUAGAGCGGCACUCAUCCAGGCAAGUGAGUAGUAUUCCAUCACGCUUUGAUUUAUGCCUUGUCAAUAGUAGGCAGGCUUUGGACCUGAGUUGAGUUGGAGUUGUUUCUCGCUGCAGGAUUCCUAGCCUCUACCUGUUCUUGUAGCCACACUAUUUAUAUUGUUAUUACCGUCUGGCUACUCGAGGUUCUCUCCCGUUGGCUCGUCUGUCUGUGUCGGCUCAUCUGUCUGUCAGCUUGUCUGCCUGACUGUUGGCUUUUCUGUCUCUUGUUCUUUCUUGCUGUCUGUCGUGUUCCAUGUGCCAUUCCCCUCGAGCUUCCCUCCUGUCUGUCUGUUCAACUGGACUUCCUUAUUCCUCUCUGCUUUCUUUCUGAGAUUGUUCCUGCAGUCACUUUGUCUUAACUUUGAGAAACUAUUUCAGCUAAAUCCAG